AUGCGGUUACCAUGUGUCGCUAGUGGACUUCGCGCAGGUCGGCGGCCAUUGGUGUCCGUUCUUCAUGGCCAACAUCGCACGUACAACACCGCGGUGAUCGGAGCUGGCAUCACCGGACUCACGGCUGCUUGGCAAUUGGCGCAAGACCCCCAAUGCUCCCAGGUAACAUUGUACGAGAAGUCUUCUCGGCUUGGUGGCUGGCUGGACUCUGAAGUCAUCCCCGUCGACGGGGGAGAAGUGGUGUUCGAGUAUGGGCCACGGACUCUCAGAAGCGCUUCACCCGCAUCCAUUCCCUUUCUUUCCUUGAUUGUGAAUUUAGGUAUAUUUGACGACUUGAUCGCGACAUCGAAGCUUAGCCCCGCAGCGCGCAAUCGCUUCAUCUACUAUCCCGAUCGUCUUGUGCGCCUCCCCUCGCUAGACCGCGAGGGUCUCCGCAACCUCCGCAGCACUUUGAAAGAACCGGUAUUUGAAGGGUUCUUACAGGGACUCCUCUGGGAGCAUGCCCAACCAGCCCGAGACCCGUCGGAAUGGGCUCAAGAUGAGUCUGUCGCAAGCUUUAUAUCGCGCCGAUUCAACUCCCACGUCGCCGACAAUCUGGUUUCAUCGGUCUAUCAUGGCAUUUAUGCCGGUGAUAUUGAUCAAUUAAGUGCUCAGACUCUCAUGGGUGGUAUCCGCAAUCUCGAAGGUACCGGGAUUCUGGCUGGCCUCGGCCUCAAGGCCUUCACCGGCUCGAGUACCAGGUUGAUGGAUGACUUUAUGGCACUGGAUGCUGCUCCACGGUCCCGCGAUGUGCUAGACCAUGAGGACGCCAUUCAUAGAGUCGCUAAGGAGUCAAGUACUUUCACGUUCAAGAGAGGGGUUCGCCAGCUUAUCGAGGCUUUGGUCGCUGGGUUAAAACAUGAUGCUAAUUUGGGCCAGAUCAUUACUGAAGACAAGCGCCGCGCGACGUACGACCGGGUUAUUUCUGCUAUCCCCGCACCUGCUUUGGCCAAACUCAUUGCUCCUACAAACCACCCAACCAACGUGAACCCGCAGAAGUCUAUGGCACUACUACAGCAACAUAAUUAUGCCACAACUGUGAUGGUGGUCAACCUGUAUUACUCUGACCCCAAUAUCCUGCCCGCGGAGGGCUUUGGAUAUUUGAUCCCACGAUCCAUCCCGUUCGAACAAAACCCGGAAUGCGGGCUGGGUGUUAUUUUCGCUUCGUCGUCUAGUACCGGCCAACACCCCUCAAUGCCAUCGCUCUCGGUCAGUCAAGACAGCGCGCCAGGCACCAAGCUCACUGUGAUGCUGGGCGGCCACUAUUGGGAUGGGUUCAAGGAGAAUGAUUACCCAGACCAUGACACGGCCGUGGACAUGGCUCGCGCCAUGCUUCGAAGGCAUAUCGGCAUCACCCAGGCCCCGAAGGUCGUUCGAACCCGUCUGCAGCACAAUGCUAUCCCACAGUAUACUGUGGGCCAUCUGGAUCGCAUGUACGAGCUGUCCGACGCUGUGCGAUCGGAAUUUGACCACCGGCUCGUUCUCGGUGGAAACUGGUACAACGGCGUGGGUGUGGGCGAAUGUGUCCGGCAAGGCAUCUUGGCUGCUACGUACGGUGUGGGCCAGCGUCAGCUCCGAACUAAUAUUGGCGAUGGGAACUCUCCGUGGAAGGAGUAUGAUUACCACAACUGGGAAUUGGAGGGUGGCAUCACCAUGCCCCCCGUGCGACUUUUUGAAAGCACUAAAAAGGAUUUCGCUUGA